GCGUCUGUGAGAGCGACCCCAAGCGAACGGCAUGAAGCAACAGGCGGUUGUUGUCGCCGUCGAUCUCAGUCUGUAACGACAACGGCAACAGUUCAUAACGUAGCGCGCGCAAAACCAAAUACACAACUCGAAAAUAAAACGGAAAAUUAUACGCUCAAGUUGCAGUUCUUCAGCCGUCCCAACGAAUCUCAAACUCAAUCAAAAUGAGCUGCGGAAUCUCUAUGGUCAAAUAUAUACUAUUUAUAUUCAAUUUGCUGUGCUCGAUAUGCGGCAUCUUGUUGAUUGUAUUUGGCGCCCUGCUGUUCAGCAACAUCCACAACAUCGAUGACUUCGCCGAGGCGCUGCGCACCCAACAGGUGCCCAUUACGAUGAUUGUCCUCGGCACGGUGAUAUUGCUGAUCUCCUGGUUUGGCUGCUGUGGCGCCAUACGCGAAUCCUACUGCAUGUCCAUGACGUACUCCAUUUUGCUGUUUGUGCUGAUGAUUGGCCAGCUGGCGCUGGUCGUCUAUAUGUGGCUGCAAAAGGACAAGUAUCUGGUGAUUAUGGGCGAUGUCGUUGAGAAGGCCUGGGAGCGUCGCACACGCCGUGCCGACUACAUGGAUGCCAUACAGAUAAGCAUGGAGUGCUGCGGACGCAGCAGCUUUGCGGACUAUGCGUUCCAGGGCUAUUUCCCGCCCUCGUGCUGCAAGGACACCAACAAUUGCCGUCAGGAGACCGUCUAUCGUCGCGGCUGCAAGCAGGCCUUUGUCGAGUUCUGGGACAGAAACAGCGACAUUAUCAAAUACACUGGCCUGGUCAUUGCCGCCAUUGAGUUUGUGGGCUUUGUGUUUGCCUGCUGUUUGGCGAACAGCAUUCGAAACUAUCGACGCCGAGCGGACUAUUAAUGGGCUCCACCUGGGAUAACUGGCCAGCAUAGGGCUUUGAGGCCUUACUAAUUUUAAUGCAAACCGAAAGUACGAAUUAUGUUGCCCAAUUUUAUACAAAUCAUGCACCUACUUAUUAGUUGAUAUGAUUCAGUUGGCCAUUUCAGUAAGGAUAUCGAGUCUCACAUAUUUUUUGUUGUUCUUUUAAUUACGCACCUUGACAAUAUCUAUUGAAAAUUAUAUUCAUAAUCUUUGCACUGUU